GUGUUUCUGCGGACCGUUUCCAGCGCUGCACCGUAUACAUCCAUGGUCGUGACGUGGUGAUUGGUUCAUCUACAAACAGUAAACAAUUAGCGCCGAAGCAUGAAGCUGUACAGUCUUAGUGUUAUUUACAAAGGGGCUACUAAAGCCAACCUCCUCAAAGCAGCCUAUGAUCUCUCUUCCUUCAGUUUCUUUCAGCGCUCCAGUGUUCAGGAGUUUAUGACCUUCACCAGUGCCUUGAUUGUGGAAAGAACAACACAGGGUAGUCGUGCCUCUGUAAAAGAGCAAGAAUACUUAUGUCAUGUCUAUGUGAGGAAUGAUAAUUUGGGAGCUGUAGUCAUAGCAGAUACUGAAUAUCCUCAGCGAGUCUGUUUCACUUUACUUGACAAGGUAUUAGAUGAGUUCUCCAGGCAAGUGGACAGUAUAGACUGGCCUUCAGGUAACCCUGAAACCAUCAACUAUAAAGCGCUAGAUGUUCAUCUGGCUAAAUAUCAGAAUCCCAGGGAAGCUGAUGCAAUGACCAAAGUGCAAGCAGAGCUGGAUGAGACGAAGAUUAUUUUGCACCACACAAUGGAAAGUUUGCUCGAGAGAGGGGAGAAACUUGAUGAUCUUGUUGCAAAAUCUGAGCACCUGGGGAACCAAUCCAAAGCAUUCUAUAAAACUGCACGAAAACAGAACUCAUGCUGUGAAAUCAUGUGAUAUUGCUGCCUCGUCCAAGUGGACAUGCCUUUCUCUGCCUUUCUACUUCUCCUCCCAUCAUGCACCAGCCACAAAGUCUCCACAGCUGUAGCAGUGCCGCUGGGCUCUGCCCGAUUCAGACCCGGUGUCUGGAGGAGGAAGGGGCUGAAGGUGUGUGAUGGGGACUGAUCUGAGGAAGACGAAAGUUAAUUUAACUGUGUGUCUUAUCUGUGUGGUAUUUCAACCAGCUAAAGACACUAUAGUGUCACGCUAACUCAUCAUCAACAUUGAUAUGUUACACUUUAAGUCCCAUUUAAAUUCUGAACAACUUAUUUGGUUAUGAGGAAAGUGUGAAGCAACACUGACAUGUUGCUGAAAGGAACAUUUGACAAUCUCUCAGUCUUCUGUUGUUAAAAUUUACUGUACACCUUUGUUUUAAAAGCUUCAAUGACAGUUACUCACAAGGUGGCACUGUUGAUCUAUUUGAUUUUAACUUGAAGCUAAUUAUACUAAUUUUGGUCUGACAUGGCUCUUUGGAUGUGCAUAUCAUAGUCACAUUUUACAAUGGUUUUAAACAUCUUAUUGUAAUCAGUUAUGUAAUCUCAUUUAAAGAAUCUUAUACAUUCCUAGUUUGAGAGUUGGCAGAUUUGAUAUGAAAGAUAAUUUGUGUGCUAGUGUGUUCAGCUGAAGCCUUAUAACGUUUAACCUCUCUGCUCUCAUCUUACAAAGCACUUCAAAGCUUUUUGUAUUGUCAUUUUCACACUCGAUUAUUAAUAAUUAUAGAGAAUAUCUAUGUACACUUUGGAUCUUAUUCUGUAGAGGAUUUUGAUCCAAAGCACUGGAUGCAUAAUAAAAAAUUAAAUUAAAUGAAAGAAGCACAUUCAAUGAUAAUUUCAUACACUCCACCAAACUGAUAUUCUCAACCUUAUUUAAGAUGGAAGAGGCUUAUAGUUUGAUACAAUUUCCUCUCAGUUUUUGAGGUAUGUGGCCCUUAAUAUUCUGGCUUCAUUGUUGGAGGACCUGUGCAUCUGUUAUCAAAGUUUGCUCUACUGCUUUUAUAGUGUAAACGUGUGCAAUAUCUGACGUGUUUCUCUCAAAUGAGAGAAUAAUGGCAGUCCAACGUUUUAUCUCCCAUUUAAUUAUGUAAUUGGAUACAUCCUGUGUGAAGCUUUUAUGUAAUUGUGAAUGUGCAGUUGCAGCAAUGCUGGUGCAGCUCGGUAUCCGUUUUUGACAUGAGUCAGUCUAAACUAUUCUGACCUUUGUGGUCUGGAAAAUUUUUUCUGUAUGUAAUAAAAUUGCAGAAAUAAA